AUGACAAAGGUUCACAUCAUCGACGUCGAAAGCGGUAACUUAAGAAGCUUGACAAAUUCUAUUAAGUAUCUUGGUAACUACGAAAUCGUAUUCAUUCGUGACACACAGGAUUUCAAAACAUAUGAUCAUGAAAUUAUUAAUCUUGUCUUCCCUGGAGUUGGUAACUUCGGUCACUUUGUUCAACAGCUUAAUGAUAGAGGCCUCGUGGACUGCAUCAGAAAGUAUUUGAAAGAUGGAAGGAAGUUACUAGGUAUUUGUGUUGGUUUGCAGUCCUUACUUGAAAGCUCAGAAGAGAGUAGCGAGAUAUGCGGAAUGAACCUUCUUAGCACGCGCUUGUCCAAAUUCAACAAGAAUGAUGAACUAUUCACUUCCAAAAAGCAAAUCAAGUCUGUUCCUCAUAUUGGCUGGAACACUGUACAUAGCAUCACAGGAGAUGAAAAGAACGCUUCCAAGAAUGGUUUUCUUUACGGGAUCAACACGUUCGACAAGUACUACUUUGUCCAUUCGUACGCAGCAAUGGUCGAUACAGCGGAGAAAGAAGAUGUCAUCAGGCAAGCGGAAAACAACGGCUGGAGAUUUGCAUUUUCCACUUAUGGUACGGAAAAAUUCGUCUCUGCUGUUUCAAGAGGCAAUUUUUUUGCAACUCAAUUCCAUCCAGAAAAGUCUGGUGUGGCGGGGUUGCGAGUAAUAAAAGCCUUUUUACAAGGUGAAAAGGGUACCGAAGUUCAGGAUAGGCCGAGUGUUACGCAUACUGGCUGCCCCUCUCGUAGGAUAAUUGCGUGCCUUGAUGUUCGGACGAACGAUCAGGGAGAUCUAGUUGUCACCAAAGGUGAUCAAUACGACGUUCGCGAUAAGUCAGAUUCACAAGUGGGGGCUGUGAGGAAUCUUGGGAAACCUGUGGAACUCGCUUACAAGUAUUAUCAGCAGGGCGCUGAUGAAAUCACUUUUCUCAACAUCACUUCGUUUAGAGACUCCCCCUUGAAGGAUCUUCCGAUGCUCGACGUGCUUAAGCUUGCAGCAAAGAAUAUCUUCGUACCGUUAACUGUGGGUGGAGGUAUUAAAGAUGUGACAGACCCCGUCACUAACGAGACCGUUCCUGCCUUGAAGGUUGCUGAGCUUUAUUUCAAGUCAGGUGCUGAUAAGGUGAGCCUUGGUUCGGAGGCUGUGACUGUUGCGGAAAGAUACUACGAGUUAGGAAUGGCCAAAGACGGAACGACAGUGAUCGAACAAAUAUCACGUUGUUUCGGGAACCAGGCGGUUGUCAUAUCUAUCGACCCAAAGCGCAGGUUCAUUAAAUCUCCAUCGGAAACCCAAAUGCAAUGCCUUAAGAUUUCUGACAGCUCUGAUUUCGGCCCUAAUGGCGAGGAGUACUGCUAUUAUCAGGUUACAUCGCAAGGCGGGCGUAAGUUUCAUGAAAUCGGCGCAUUGGAGGUUUGUGUCGCAUGCGAAGAUCUUGGUGCAGGCGAGAUUCUAUUGAACUCGAUAGACCAUGACGGGUCCAACAGGGGGUUUAAUCUUGAGCUCUUGAAGCAGAUUCAUUCUGAGCUACCAGUUUUUCCCUCAAUGGUUAAUGAUGUGGACGAGAUGAGCCUGACCAAGAUUGUGAAUCUUGGAAGCAGCAGCAUUGAGAGUGAUGAAAAGCAUCUUCUUAACUCGAUCGAAGAUGUGAACUCCUUCAAAAUACCUUCUGUUUUCUUGAAAGACGGCCUUCUGUUAUUGAAAGUUUCCCAUAAGUCUCGGAAGCGGGUGAAACUUAAAGUCGAACCUUCCAAUUUUAAAUUUGUUUACGAACUACCGAAGGGAAAAAUCUACGAAUUUUUGGUGGAUGACAUAAAGGGACUUUUUUGGGGCGAUUCCGCGCUGAACUUUAGGGAAGAAUUCGGAAUUUCGAAGGAGUUUGACAGACAAUGGCUAUCAAUAGCUUUUUUUAAUCAGUCCAAGAACAAACUCAAAACACUACAUUUGAUUUGUGAUACCACCUAUGACUUUCGUCGUGUCAGGACAAUGUUCACUGGCUUUAAGAAGCUCAAGGAUGAUAUUGCGCAAAACUUCUUUCUAAAUUUGAGUGAUCUUCACGAUUCUACGAGGUCUAUGGUGGCUGAAAAAGCGGAACGAGGUUAUGAUGUUGGAAGAGAUAGCCUUUCUUUACUGGAUGUGGUGAAAUUUACGAAGCGCAUGAAUAUUAAUUUGAGCGAAAGGAGGAUUAGAGUACUCUUCCAACAGGCGAAGAUUCAAUCAGGAUCUUCAGAUACCUUGCUGUUCGAUGAAUUUAAGACUUUUGUUACAUUGCUCAACAAAAGAGAGGAUCUAGAACAUAUAUGGACACAUUUGGUUUAUGGAAACCCUUCCAUGGACUUCUUGCAAUUUAAAGUCUUUAUGUCACACCAUCAGAAUGAAAACUCUAGCGAGGCGUUGCUCAGGAAGUGGUUCAUAAAGUUUGAUUCCAAUCUGAAAGGCUAUUGGCAACGACUGGAUUUCAACUCCUUCCUUCUCUCAAGAUUUUGUAAUCCAGUACGCGAUCCAGGCGAAAAAGAGGGAUACUUCUCAAGGCCAUUGAAUGAGUACUACAUCUUGUCGUCUCAUAACACUUACUUACUCGGGCGUCAAGUUAUGGGAGAAUCUUCCGUAGAGGGAUAUAUCAAAGCAUUGCAGAGGGGAUGUCGUUGCUUAGAAAUUGACAUUUGGAACAAUAGCAAUGACAAAGAUCUAGAACCCGUUGUGAAUCACGGAAGAACAUUUACAAACGGCAUUUCUUUGAGGAAUGUGGUGAAGACUAUUAAAGCUUACGCAUUUCAGGUAACCUCCUACCCGUUAAUUUUGAGCAUCGAAAACCAUUGUUCCCCGGAAUCUCAAAAUGUGGCUCUUGAAAUUUUUCGGGUCGUAUUUGGAGAUCUUCUAGUGAGAAAACCGUUGUCGGAUGAUAGGAGACUUCCUAGUCCAGAGGAUCUUCGAUACCGUAUUCUCCUAAAAGUUAAGAAAACAGAUGGUCCCUUGGGAAAAGUAGAUGAAACUUCUGCCUCGUUGAGCACGGGGACCUCUACUGCCACAGCUACACUGCUCAGUGACAGUACAGAAUCAGGAAGUUUAGGCCUAAAGAUGAAAUUAUCAAAAAAGAGCUCAACAAAGUCGGUUAUCAAACCGCUUAGUGAAAUGGGAGUUUAUGUCCAAGGGGUGAGAUUCAGGAACUUUUCGUUACCGGAGUCUAAGGUUUUUAAUCAUUGCUUCUCAUUAAGCGAGAAGUCCAUAAACACAAUGCUUAGGGACGAUAAUAAGUGUGCAUCACUCGACAAGCAUAAUCGAAACUAUCUCAUGCGAAUUUAUCCAUCAAAAAUUCGACUUAAGUCUACAAACUUUAACCCCAUAACGUAUUGGAAGCAUGGAGUUCAGAUGGUGGCAACUAAUUGGCAGACCUAUGAUAUUGGGCAGCAAAUUAAUGAAGCCAUGUUUAAUGCUCCAUUAGGUGAGGGAUUCGUUUUGAAGUCUGAAAUCUUGAGGGCUCCCUACUCUAGAGAAAAGAAGGUCGUCUCUCGUACCACGACGUCUAAAUCAGUCGAAAUUACUGUUAUUAGCGCUCAUCAGUUACCGAAGCCAAUUGAAUGGCUAGGAGACAUUAAUCCUUUCAUUAGUCUUGAGAUCCUCGGGGCUGACGCCGUCAGGUGGUGCCCAGACAAGCCCGUUACGAAAAUUGUUGCAGGUAAUGGGUUCAAUCCUGUCUGGAAUGAGAAAUUUACUGUUAACUUCGAUGGCCCUUCUGAACUUGUUUUCUUGAAAGUUACGGUGGCCUCAUCAUCUUCUGUUGAAGUUGUUUCAGAUCAAAGAGAAGUUGGUCUAGUGAUUCAAAAUAUUUGCGACCUCAAGAAUGGUUUCCGAUACUUCAUGCUCAAAGACAUGUGUGGAGAGCAGCUUUUGUACUCAUAUAUAUUUCUCUACAUUAGUUUGGAAAGGGCGGCGUGA